AUCUACAUUAAAAAAUAUGAGUUGGCAUCAUUAUCUUUUUCACGUCUCUUUGAUUUGUGCCUUUCGUGGCAACGUAAAGUUUUUCUGUAAUUCAGCCUUUUUACCAUGGCGGCCAAUGCUAAAAGUAAACGAAAAUGCAAGGGGAAAACCCUAAAUUUGAACACAUUUUUAGGCGCAGAUCAAGAUGCGCCUUCUGGUUUUGCUGUUGUCCAAACUUCUCGAAUUCUUGAUUGGGGAGAUACAAUGGAUAAUGAGGACCUUGAUGAUAGAUACACUUUGGACUUCAAAAAAGAAGAAAAGGUUGUACUGCCCACUGCACCAAAAGCUGCUCGUGGUCCAGAUGUAGAUCUUAGUAAAGUUCCUACUAGUCCUCCAUAUACAGCAUUCCUAGGAAAUCUGCCUUAUGAUAUAUCAGAAGAUGAUAUUAUUAUGUUUUUCCGACAACUUCAGGUUAAGAAUGUUCGUCUUCCAAGAGAAGGAGAUAGAGGGCGCAUCAGGGGAUUUGGGUAUGCUGAGUUCAAUAACAGGCAAGAUCUAAUUCAAGCUUUAGCUUUAAAUAAUGAGUCCUUGAAAAACAGAGCUAUCAAAGUUAGUUUAGCUGGAGAACACGAUGGUGAUCGGGACCGACGAGAUGGUGGAAGUGAUAGAACUAUGGGAGACUGGCGGUUAGACCGGAGAGAUCAGUUUUCUAGAGAUGACGCAUCCAGAGAUGGCUAUAUGUCCGGCAGAGGUGGUUUUCAGGAUCGAGAACUUUACAGACCAAGAUCUAACUAUGAUAAAGAUAACGGUUUUUCUAAAGAUCGUUAUGAAAGGAAUGGUGACAGAUAUGAUCGCAAUGAUUAUGGCUACAAAAAUGAUAGAGAAUUCGGCAAGGAUCAAGAUCGUUUUGACAGGCGAAGUAAUGACCGAGGAUAUGGUUUCUCAGAUAGAGGUUCAAAUCGAGGAAUUGGUAGAAAUGAUCGUAGGGAUGGCAGAGAUUCCCGUGAUAAUUAUGGUAGAAGAGAAGAUUCUGGUCGUGAUAUGAGGUACAGGGAUUCUUCUGAUCGAGACCUUCCUCCCCGUGAUGGUUAUGACAGGAGGCCACCUGACAGACCAUCAUACGAUUCAAGUAGUGGACCAAAGGAAAGAAGGAAGUUACAGUUAGCUCCUAGAACAAAGCCUAUUGAACCUGUACCACCGCCAUCUGAGGCUAUUGGAUCUAGUUCAAUAUUUGGUGGAGCUAAACCUGUUGAUACAGCUGCAAGGGAACGUGAAAUAGAAGAAAGAUUAGCCAGGGAGAAAGGAAGCAUACUUAGAGAUUCCAAGGAGAGAGGAGAUGACAUAAGAUCACGCAAAUUUAGCUCUGGGUCUGGAAUUAGUAAUCGUUCAAGGCGUUCCUCAGAUUCUGGUCCUCCUAGUUCCUUGAGAGAUGAGGAAGACUCAGUUCCACAAUAUAAACCACCAAUACCAAGACAACUGGAACGAGAAAGUCAGCAAUAUAAUACUCUACCAAGGACACGGCAGAGAUGCAGUAGUAACAGUAGUACUGGAAGUGAAAGAGAAAAUCAAGUUAAUUCCAAAGUCAAUAAUGCUUCAACAAAUAGGAAAGAAAACUACAACAGUAAUUAUUAUGCAAGGAGCGAAAAUUCAGAAAAUGCUGCACCUCGACCACAUAAUAAUGAUAGCUCGUACCCUGAACCUACAAAAGGCGGUUUUAGAAGUGCAAAACAUAAUUCACAUCGUGAUAACUCCAGGGACAGAGCAUUGCAUGGAGUAACAUAUGAAGAGCCUAAGCCACCUGUUUAUACUUCUGCAAACAAAUUUUCACACUUGAAUGAUGUUGAAGAUCUUGAUCGAGGUAGCAACUCUGAAUAAAAGUUUUGAACUAUUAAAAGAAAAGGAGCUCUUCUAAUAAAAUUUGGAAAGUUUUAAAAGGCCUUAGAACAUGCAGGACAUUUUGUGUGUCCAUCUUGUCCAUAUAUAUAUAUAUAUAUUUUUUUUUUUUUGUUUGCUUGUUUGUGACAGUUUUGAACAAAGUGUUUGCUACAAACAGAAUUUUCUGUGAGCACAUCUGUAAACCAUAUUGCAAACCAUUUAAUUUAAAUGUAUGACAUAUUAAAAUCAGUUUUAUUUACUUAGACACAGAAAAUGAUGAUAUAAUUAAUUUUUCAUGGAUGUAUAUUCUCUCAUAUGUAAUAUAUGUCCAUUUAAAAACUUCAGAUAUAAGCUAAACCUUUAAUUGUAAAUGAUUUUAUUUGAAUAUGCUAUAAAAGUUUACAGAUUUAUGAUUUAAUUUGAAACUUCAUAUUUGUGAAUAACAUGAUUUUUUAUUCUGAAUAACUCUUUUAUAAGCAAUAUUAAUCAUUAUACUGAUAUUUUUUAUGCUUUGUUGUUCUUAUGAAACAAGUUGGAAUUUACAAAUGUGAGUACUUUUAUGUGCAUUUUAAAUUGCGGUGAUAAAUAAUAAUUACCUGAAUCUUCAAAUUUCCUAACUUAAAUGCUUUUAAUAAUAUUUAGAAAAUUCCAAAAUUAUUUUCCGAGUUUAAGUAACUGUUACUCACAAAGUGUGAUCUUAUUAAAAGUCAAACUAUAAGUCAGUUUUUUAAACCAUUUUUAGUCUUUCAAAUAUAUUGUUUUGGUGGCAAAGUAAAUUGUAAUUUUAUUUAAACUAAACAUUAUUUAAUUAAAAAUUUUUUGAAUGCAAAAGACUUCCAAAAUUCAGUUAAAGUUGCAAUUUUGUUUAGGGAAUGUAUUUAGAAAAAACAUUUGAAGCAAACAAUGCAUGCAGUAUGUUUUUCUUAGGUAAAAAACAGAGCUCUUAUUUGGAUUUAAAAAGAAUAAUUUUUUGCUAUUUAUAUCAGUGUUAUAGCACAGGAUGGGUCUGGAAGUUCUCAUUGGGAAUUUCUACUGCACACUCAAUUUGUCUCAUUAAAUUAAUAUUUCUAUCUUAUUAAUUAAUAUAAAUGCAGUUUAGGAUAUGACUUAUAUUAUUUAGAAGCCUGCAUUGCACUCUUAUGCUCCAUAAAUUUCUGCAAAUUUUGGACUAAUGACAAAAAUUUUCAUGUAUUGUUUUUGCAUAAUUGUUGUGAAUUAUGACCUGCAGUGAACUUUUAUAAUUCAUUCAGUGUAAAGCAGAUUAUUAUUUAAUUUGUUUUGGGUUAAUAAUCAUGUAUUGGUGUUAGUUUUAUAUACUCUUGGCCCAUGUACCCCUUUUAUUAUAAAAUAGUUAAAUUACUAUAUUUUGACGCUUUCUUCUUUUUUUUCGUCGCUGCUAAUUUCUUGUGGAAAUUGCAAUGAUAUUUUCCCAGCAGUUGGUAUAUCUCUGCAUCUCAAUAUCUGAUUGUGGGUGUUGAUAUUUAUGUCAAAAAUAUCUUGAUGAAAUUCUUAGUUUUAGUAAAAUGUGAAUUCUCUUUUGAUUAAUUUAUAUUUGCUGCCAAUUACUAUAUUUCAGUAUGCAUUUCAUGAAUUUGAAUGAAACAUAAACUGUAGAAGCAUGUGAGGUGCAAUUUUUUUGAAAAAGCACAUCAUUUAGUAAUGUCCAUUUUUACACUUAGGUGCUACUGUCAUCAAUUAUCAAUCUCUUCCUUUUCCAUAUUUGUGAAUACUUGUAUAAAAAGGCUCUGUUCAAAUUGUCACCUACUCAUCUUGAACUGGCAACUUGUGCUUCGUCACUGUUUGAUUAAAGACUGUUAAAUUAGAAUAGCAGUUUUAAAUAACCAGAUAAAAUGGUUCAUAAAUAAUAAUAUGUAAAUGUGAUUGGCUUGUAGAAAUGAUGUUAAUUUAUCAUAGUUUGACAAUGUAUAUAAUACCUAUAGAAAUUUUAUGAAUGGGUAUUUUUGUGAUAUUUUCUAGUUUAUUUUAAACUUUAUGUGCUUGAAUUAUUUUUUUCAGCAUUAAAAAAAAAAGAUUGCUUGUCAUUCAACAAUUAAUUUGUGAAAUCUGAAAAGGAGAUGAAUGUUUCUGUGGAGAAAAAGGAGGAAAAUCAUUUCUCUUUUAUAAUUGUUCUUUUAAGGCAACCAGUACAAAGUAGAAUUUUUCCUGAUUGACAACAGAAUCUCUGCUUGUAUAUUUAAUAAUUGUAAUCAAAAUAUUCACUUUUAAUUUAGCUGUGUGGCUGGCCCACAGUUGCCGGAUAAUAUGUAAAUAUUUCUAUUGCCUUCUACGUGUUUCUAGUGCACGCAUUUUACACAAAAUUGUUCAUAUGCGCUAAAUUUAGUUAAUUGGAAGUAAUGUUUUAGGUAUGAUUUAUGAACAUUUUAGCAUUGUAGUUAUGUGUGUUAAUGUAUGUUAUAGGGAUAUGCAUGGGUCAAAAUUCUCUGUUCCAAGAGUGUUGUUUAAAUAUUUAUCAUGUACAUUAAAGGACAGAGCUAGUUUGCUUUUUGCUCUGUGUCACACAUUGUGUGGCAAAUGUAAAAAGGUACAGCCAACUGAAUCAGCAGUUAUGCUGAUUCAAGUUGAAGUAUGAAUUUGUUUCUUAGCCAAUCAUAACAGAUAUGGUGUAAAUUGAAUAAAAUUACAGGUAUUCAUAUUAUUUUGUUGUCCUUUCUUUGAGAAGUUUUAUAACAAAUAAUUGUUUAAUGUGGAAGUAUUUUUUUAAUUUUGAUGGAUAAAUUAUUAAUGAAAAA